AAACUCAAGACUCACUCAACACACUCACUCAACACACUCAACACAUCGAAAGAUUUUUAACCAUUCAAUCAUUUUCUACUUGAUCAAUUCUUAACAUCAACAUGUUUCUAACUAGAUCUGAAUAUGAUCGAGGAGUGAAUACAUUUUCACCAGAAGGAAGAUUAUUUCAAGUAGAAUAUGCCAUUGAAGCCAUCAAACUAGGUUCGACCACAAUAGCCGUGACGACCAAGGAAGGUAUCAUUCUAGGUGUCGAAAGAAGAUCACAAUCUAAACUAUUGGAAUCAUCUUCGAUUGAAAAGAUUAUGGAAAUCGAUUCACAUGUGGGAUGUGCGGUGAGUGGUUUGGUGGCGGAUUCGAGAACGAUGGUCGAACAUGCUAGAUUGGUGGGACAGAACCAUCGGUUCACGUUUGAUGAACCCAUCAAGAUCGAGUCGGUUACUCAGGCCGUUUGUGAUUUGGCUUUGAGGUUUGGUGAGAGUACUGAUGAUGAAGAUGCGAUGAUGUCUAGACCGUUUGGAGUGGCGCUUUUGAUUGCUGGUUGUGAUGAGAAUGGACCACAGUUGUUUCAUGCUGAUCCAUCAGGUACUUUUAUGAGAUACGAUGCUAAAGCUAUUGGAAGUGGAUCUGAAGGAGCUCAAACUGAAUUACAAGAACGUUGGCAUAAGUCAAUGAGUUUACUUGAAGCUCAGUUAUUGACACUUGGAACAUUAAGACAUGUGAUGGAAGAAAAAUUAAAUGAACAUAACAUUCAAUUAGCUCAGGUGACACCAAAAGGUGGAUUUCAAAUCUUAACUGAUGAAGAAUUGAAAGCUGUGAUUUCACAAAUGCCAGUUGAAAGUAAUACUGGAAUUGGAUCUACACCUACUGCUUAAGGAAAAUUGAAUUGAUUGUCAAGUUGAUUGAUUAACAAGAACCACUGAAAAAAAAAACAUAAUGUAAUUAUUUUUUUCACCAUAUAGUUGUUAUUCAAAGAAGAGAAAAGAAGUUUUUUUUUG